AACUAACGUCAGGUCAAUCUGUUACGUUGCCCAGGUCCUAUGGUUUGGUACCAGAAGUUUGAGUAUGCGGUGGGCCACUGGCUUCAGAAGACAGCAGAGCAUGUGUUUGGUUGUGUGCUCUGCAGCCCCGGAUGCUUCAGUCUGUUCAGAGGUGCAGCCCUCAUGGACGACAACGUGACCAAGAAAUACACCACUAAAGCCACAGAGGCCAGCGAUUAUAUACAGUAUGAUCAAGGUGAAGACCGCUGGCUGUGUACUCUCCUUCUGCAGCAGGGCUGGAGGGUGGAGUACAACGCUGCAUCAGAUGCCUACACCAAUGCCCCUCAGGACUUCACAGAGUUCUACAACCAGAGGCGGCGCUGGGUACCCUCCACCAUGGCCAACACCAUCGACCUGCUGCGCACAGGGUCUCAGACCUCCCAGAAGAACAGCUCCAUCUCCAAACCCUACAUCCUCUACCAGAUUCUCAGCAUUAUUGCUUCAAUCCUAGGCCCCGCCACCAUCUGUCUAAUGAUCUCAGGAUGCUUGACGUUAAUCCUAGACAUACAUCCCAACGUCGCUCUGUUCCUUUCAGUGGUUCCUCCUGUCAUAUACCUGAUUCUGUGCUUCAAGCUGAAGUCGGACACACAGAUCACCAUAGCAGCCAUCUUCAGUGUCGUCUACGCUUUCCUCAUGAUAGCAACUGCUCUUUCCAUCAUAAGCACUGCGAUUCUGCUGCAGACCAUUUGGACUCCUAGUGCUCUGUUUAUCAUCACGAUGGUGCUGAUUAAUGUCAUCACAGCGGCUCUCCAUCCCAAGGAGUUCCCUUUGAUCAUCUACGGCUUCCUCUACUUCAUCUGUAUCCCCAGUGGCUACCUCCUGCUGACCAUUUACUCCAUGGUCAACAUGAACAAUGUGUCCUGGGGCACCCGGGAGACAGGUGGCCCAGCUGCUCCUAAACCACCAACCCAGACCAUCACACAGCGCAUCCUACAGGCCAAGUGCUGCAAUUAUCCUUGCUGGGACUGUGGUAAACUGGAAGACCAGAAUGGCCAGGGGACAGAAACGGUGGCGAUGAAUCAUAUGCCCAACACAGAUCUGACCUCUGAGGAAGAUUUAAGGGAUAUGGAAUUGCGUUCUCAAAAUAUUGAACAAAACUGGGUAUCACAGCUACAGAAUAAAUCCUACGACUUCCCUCUAAAUGAAGGACAUCUUGUUAAGGAAGAGGAGGACUUUUGGACAGAGCUCCAGAAGCUCUAUCUAGAACCUCUCACUGUGGAUAAAGACAAACAGAAGACAAUUGUGAAGGACCUAAAGGAUCUUAGAAAUAAGAUGACUUUCAUCUAUUUCAUCUGCAAUGCCUUGUGGCUGGUGGCGACUUUCACUAUUCAAGCCAUUGGAACCUCAGUCACCAUCACAGUCCCAAAGGAAACUCUCAAUCUGACUUUGACGGAUACGGAAAUACACAUUGAUCCAAUAGGACUGAUGUUCCUCUUCGGAUUUACAGUCAUAUUGCUGAUCCAGUUCUUUGGCAUGCUGUAUCACAGAAUUUACACUUUCAUCCAUUAUGUGGCUUAUUCGAGUAUGAAGUCCAGGAACAGAAGCAGAGCAUCAGAUGACAACGUGCAGGUCCGCGACAUGCUGGAGACUGAGCUCGAAGACAGCACGUAUUCAGAGUCCCUGACUAUAGAGAAUACAUCAAUUAUCGAGAAGGAUCUCGGAACUCUGGUGUGAGGUCCAAUUACUGACUGGCUUUAAGAGCUCAAUUUGAUUCAUGUCGCAAAGAUUGGUAGUGUAGUGCGAUUGAAAUGUGAAAGUAACUUCCCUUUGAGUCUUCAUAAAACUGUUUACGCCAAAGCCACCAGAGUGCUUUUCUUUUUGUUAGAGAAUCAUGGCCUUUGAAGUUAAACUACUAUAAGCAGUCACAUUUCGAUCCCAAGUAGCUUAGUUGGUAGAGCAUGGUUCUUGCAACAACAGACGUUGCAGUUUGAU